UCCUCCCUUCACUCUUCAUCUUUUCUUCCAAUACCUCCGCCACCCCUUUCCUUCUCUUUCUCUCUCUUAUAAGCACACACGCCACACUCACACCACACUGUCUCCAUUUCAUGACUUUUAUCACCCAAACCCCAAGAUGCUGAACGACGACUGGGUCAGGGCGGCCAUGACGGACGAAACCGUCGUCGUCCAAGUUCUCCUACGACUCAAGCAAACCGUUUCCACCAAAUCUCACCACCACCGCCCCCCUCUCUCUUGGGGGGUCAAACAGCCCCGCUCAAGAUCAAGGCUCACCGCUGCCGUCUCUCGCUGCGACGCCGCCGUUUCUACCAGAUGCAGUCCCACCACGCCGCUCUCUUGGAGCAGCGGUGCCUCCCCAUCCGCCACCGCCGACGGUUACGAAGACUCCGGCCGCCAACACCAUGCCGCCAGAUCCAAGGCCACUGCCACAAGUGGAUACACUGGCAACUCAGCUUCAACCAAGAGGUGCAGAAGAAAAAAGACCUUUGCUGAACUAAAGGAAGAGGAAAGCUCCCUGCUAAAGGAAAGGAUAUCUUUGAAAAAGGAAAUUGCAACGAUAAAUGCAAAUUUUGAGGCUGAGAGAGCUAAAAAUGAGAGUUUGAAGAGGAUGAAGCUCGAUAUCGGAUCAAAAUCUCAGAAGAAUCCGAGUUCAACGUCUGUUGAACCACAGUGUACGGUUGCUGGUCAACCCCAUCAGAGAAUAGUGUCUACGGUGGCCCUAAUACGUACCACUCAAGACGAUACUCGUUCACAAGCAUCAGAAUCAACCGGGGAAAGGUUUUUCUUGAUACCGGAUCUAAAUAUGACGCCAUCGGAUGAUGUUUCUUGCACUGACGCUCUAUGUUGAAUGAGUGGAGACCUUUUUUUGCUUUGAUAGUUGAGAGCGCAGAAGUCUUGAAACAGUUGCGCUGUUUGUGUUUGGGGAAAGAAAGCUGAAAAAAUGUACAGGCCAUCCAAUAGAAAAUCAGUGGAGAACAUGAUGCGGCAGAGACGUUUCUAUGGGAAAAUUUUCUUUGGUACUUGUAGGCAAUUAGGGUGUAGAGUAGAGAUAUGCUAAGGUUGCAGGUUCCGCCCAUUCCGAAAUUUCUUAUAAAGCUUUCGGAAUUCUUCAAUCUUGUAAGAUGUACCAUUCUUUUGUAGGUUAAAUAACUUGGAUUCCCCCUUUAGAAGGUAUCUAAAAUUAAUCUACAAUUCUAUAUUUUUAUUCAUCAGUUCUAUUGGUUGCUCCUUCAUUUCUUUUAUAAAAAAUCAUGUGCCAUUCAUGCCUCUCCUGGAAAUUGAAGGGACAGAUAAUGGAUGGGUUCACUUGA